AUGGCGAGCGACCUAGAGACCUGGGCUCAGGAUCAAAAAUGGCUUAGAACAAAGCUUGCUUUGACAUUCCUGGUUUUAUUCAUCGCGUUCAACUACAUUCGAACAGCAUUCAAGCCCGAUAUUCGUGACUUACCAGGGCCGUUGAUUGCACGCUUCUCAAAUCUGUACAAGCUCUACAUGGUCUACGAUGGUCGAUGCCACAUCAAGAACCUGGACUUGCAUGAGAAAUACGGUCCUAUGGUGCGCGUGGGACCGCGUCACGUUUGUAUCUCUGACACGGCUGCGAUGUCGACAAUCUACUCUAUUUCGACGAAGUUCGUCAAGAGCGAGUCUUAUACACCCCUUGGUUUCAAGUACAAAGGAAAACCAAUAGAUACACUGUUUGCUACGCAAGACCCUGUUAUCCAUAAGCGUCUCAGUGUCCCAGUCUCCCAAAUGUACUCGAUGACUUCAAUUCGGACACUUGAGCCUGGAGUAGACGAAUGCUCCGAUAUUUUCUUGAAGGCUAUGCAUGAACUCGAAGGGCAAGAGAUUGAUCUCGGUGUUUGGUUGCACUGGUGGGCUUUUGAUAGUAUUGGCGCUAUUACUUUCAACAAGCGAUUUGGCUUUUUAGAGAGGCGAGCUGAUAUUGAGGGGAUGAUAGACUCUCUCAAGAAAGGUCUUUUGUAUGGGUCCAUUGUCUCUCAAGUGCCUUUGCUACACCAGUAUCUACUUGGCAAUGAGACAUUCUUGUCAAUUUUAAAGUCCUUGCCGGGAUUUUUUGACCCGUUUGGUUAUAUGUGUUCGAUUGCGACGGAGCAGAUGAAAAGAUAUGACGAAGAAGAGAAUCAUGGCCAAAGAAACGACUUUCUGGCGUGGCUCAGAACUGAAGCCAACACGGGCAAGCACGAAGUCAGCGAGCCAGAUAUGAUCGGUUAUCUACUAGCCAACUUAACUGCUAGUAGUGACACCACUGCUAUCACACUCCGUGCCAUCUUUUAUUAUCUCAUGCAAGACCCCGAGUUGUUCAAGAAACUUCAUCAGGAAAUCGACGAUGCCGAUUCAAGCGGACGUCUCUCUAAACACAUCAGUUACGCUGAAAGCCUACAGCUGCCAUACCUACAGGCGGUCAUUAAAGAAGCACUCCGCCUCCAUCCAGCAGUAGCAGCACCGUUGGAACGUGUUGUUCCGCCAGAAGGAGCGACAGUUGGUGGUCAUUACCUCCGAGCCGGCACGAUAGUCGGGAUGAACCCCUGGGUAAUUCAUCGCGAUACAACCAUAUAUAGAACAGACGCCGAGAAGUUCCGCCCUGAGCGUUGGAUAGAUUCGUCUGAAGAGCAACUCAAGUUGAUGGGCCGAUAUUUUAUGGCUUUCGGGCAAGGUGCACGUACUUGCAUUGGCAAAAAUAUUUCACUUAUGGAAAUGGGUAAGAUUGUGCCACAGCUACUGCGGGAGUUCGAUGUAGAAUGGGCGUCGACUGAACCGGACUGGACGGUGAGGACGUAUUUCUUUUCUAUGCAGGAAGGCUUGAUCGUCCGACUAAAGCCAAACGGAACUGGAGAUGAGCAAAAAAAAAUCGGUGAUCUAGAGUUGGGAUCGUACUCACUUGCUGGAAAUAUUCCAUCCUGA